AUGCCAGAAAUUAUAGUCCAAGAGUCCUGGAGGAAAACUCCACCAUUACAGUCUAGUUGGUGUACUGUUCUUACACGACCUACCGGUUGUUGGGUGUUUUUUGUCCAGUUUUUUCCCAAUCUAAUAAGUUCACUUUUAAUGAAAUGUGUGACAUGUGGGACCAGUGUAGUUUGUUUGGCUGUCGGGUGUAUUGAAGCAGAGCGAAGCAGAGAAAAUAUUUUAUUCUCAACGUGUUUGCACUUUGAUUGUUAUUACACAAUACAUUGGUGUAGAAAACAUACUUAUCGAAUAUUUGUUGCCCUUAUUGACAUCUUUUGUUUUUUGUGCCACUUUUUUGAAAGGGGAGUUUUUUGGGUGGUAUAUCAUUUAUGUAGCAGAAUAAUUGCCACUAUUACUAAAGUAAAAAGAAUAAGGAUUGCAUUUGAUGUUGCCUUACUUCGUGAGAAAUGA